GUUGUCCAUUGAAGAUAGUUCCGUAAAGUUUUUCCAAUGUCUUUCAUUCUCAGGAUUCUGCUUACCAUCGUGUUUCUUUGCUUAUAUGGCUUUCCGUACACUUUAGCCGACACCAACGUCUAUGUGAAGCUCUUCCCUAAUAAAGAAUUGUGCGUCUCGCACUUCGUCUUCCGCGACCCUGAAGCCUCACCUGUGCAGGUGGGAUUUGUCCACCGCGCCCUCUCCCCUCGUUUGAGCUACAUUCGAGCAAAACUUUACGGCCCUAGUGCAGAUAUUAACACGCGUGGACCACAAAUUCCGCUCGAGGACUCGAUCGAUACUCUCGGCCAUCUCACUACAAUCUACUUUCAUGCAGAGGAAACUGGAAUCUACACGAUCUGCCUCAAAUCACUGCGCCAAGCCCCUAUUAUGGGUUUUGAAAUCACCUUUGUAGCGAACAACGAAAAGGUGGAUCCGCUCUACCUGGAGGAUGGCACAAUGGCAGUUGACAAGCCGGUAGGUAUGGAAGACUACAAGGAUCGCCUAAAUAUGCUUAAAAUAUGUGUAGAGGAGACACGUGACGAGCUGCGCAGCAUCCAGGUCCGACGCUUUAUGUUUGAGCACACCACACACUCUAUUAUGAGGGUAACAAUCGGAACAUUGCUGCUUAAUAUGGUAAUCGCAGCGGUUCUAUUUUUAUGGUCAGAACGUUACAUGGAAAGAGUAUUCAUGAAGAAAAAAAAAAAUGAAUGA